UAAUACCUUGGUUUAAGUGAUUCGUGACUCUAACCUGUUAGGUCUUUCUCACUUCUCAUUAGUCCGCCGAGAACUCCGCUCUCUUCCCCGAAUAUCUUCCCGUUGGUCCAGGCCCUAGUGAUCCUUCGUGCAAACAAAGGUGUUGAAAUCCCGGGCAAGUACUUCAUCCUGGGAUACACGGCAGCCAAGACAGCCAGCAGCAACUCGGUGGCACCGGGAUUCAACAGAAUGGGAGCCUUGUGACGAGCCCGGAAGUGCGGGGACGUUGGAUGAUUCUCGUAUCAGAUAAUAAUAGGACACACGGCUUCCAAGGCGUUGUACGGGAACUGAGUUUGAUCACUAGAAAAGUAUAAAGGGCGCUACCAUCUUCCUCAAUCUUCAGCUUUACUUUGGCCCAUCCCCAUUCUUAUCCUCAAUCACUCAUCUACCUUAAAGAAAAACAAGAACUCCGUUCCAACCCAACAACUUCACCAUGCAGUUCACCACCGGCCUCGUCUCCCUCCUCCUCGCUGCCGUCACCACCGGCGUCCGUGCUUCUCCCGUGGAGCAGCGUCAAGAGGCUCCCAGGAUCUACGCCAAAUUCUGGGCCGACACAUCCUGCGGUGCCGACGGUGGUGCAUGGAUCGAGGAUACUGUUUGGCUGCAGGAAGCCCAGCCCCUGGGAGACUGUAUUGAUGUCAGCAUCUGGGACCCAACCUUCAACAGCACGAGUGUCGAGUUCAACAACGCCGGUCAAAUGCUGCGCGUCUACUCGCAGAAUGGCUGCCAGGAGACCGGCGCGAACGCUCGGUUCUUUGACGUCCGCGCUGAGGAGCUCAACUGCUGGGCUCAGCAUGUCGAGUCUGUGAAGUUUCUUGCAUGAAUUAUCGAAGUCAUUGUGAAGAGCUGAUAGAAACAAAAUGGAUCAGGCUCUGGUGAUGUCAAGGGGUAUAUGCUUAGAUUUGGGGCCUCAGGGACGAAACUUCUCAUUAUCUGCAAGCAUUUCUUUUGUCAUUCCAACGUUCCUUAAUUACAUAGUAUUCAAUAGUCCCACCGCGAUAAUUUAAGGUUCAAUACUAUCAA